AUGAUCAAACAUGACUCCCUGAGCGAGGACAUCGAGUUAUUGCCUGUUCCUAAGCACUAUCUAAGCUCCGACCGUUUGAUUCACGCCGGAUCCGAAGAAAAUUCCGAGGCAGGAACCCCAAAUCAUGACCUAGAACAGAAGAGUCAACAGAAUCAGAAUCCAGGCAAUAACAAAGGCCGCUACCAAGGAUGGAAGUUCUCUAUAUUUUUGGAUUUUACAUCGAGUAUUGUUGUGUUGCUGUUUAAUGUCGGGUUCCUCUUGUUCACAAUCACCCGUACCCAGAUGGGCCAAGACGCCGCGCUGGCAAGAGGAAACUGCGAUAGAGUACACCGGCUCAGUACUGGAUUCCACUGGAUCAUUAACGCAUUGAGUACAAUUCUCCUCGCAGCUAGUAAUUUUGGAAUGACCUACCAGACGUCAUACGGCCGACUUCUCUUAGUAGCAGAAACCAAUUCAAAUGCCGAAUCUUCUCUCCUUUACACGAACCCAGUAUAUCAACCAGACUCCUCGAGUGCCUUUAGCGGGGCGAUUUCUGCCUACCCAUGGAUAUGUCCCACCGACAUUGACUGUGAGGCGAAGGGAAUUUCCCCGGUUCAUCAACUGGCGGAAAAUAACGAUUGGAACGUGAGUCCUCAGUCAGGAUUUGAGACCUCUUACGAUAACUUGACCUUUGAAGCCAGGGAAUACCAGGUUGAAUACUGUCUCGCGGAGCCCAUUCCGGAGAAUUGCAACCUGCAGUAUUCCGUGCCUCUGAUAGCCAUCACAGUUGGGUGCAACCUUGCGAAAGCAUGUAUUCUUCUCUACAUCUGGAUUGGAAUGAAGGAAGCUCCUAUCCUAACUGUUGGCGAUGCGAUCGCGUCUUUUCUCCGUCACCAGGAUCCCUAUUCGAAGGGCAUGUGUCUGGCUUCUGACGACACCGGGGUAUACAUACCUCCGAUUCGAGCGACACCUCAUUCGCUCCAAUACAGCAAAUUCCGCCGCCCUGUGUCCUAUUCUGGAAAGCUAAAUCGUUGGGGCUCUUCCAUCUCUAGUCGCUGGGGUUUCUUUAUCUUCUUUUGGCUGGUUUCUUUCAUUAUCUGUUUUAUCCUUCUUCUUCUAUCUAUUCUCGGGCUGAGAAGCAGCGCCGGGGAUAUUUUGAAAGGGAAACUCGGGGCUAUUUCUUCAGAAACGAUUCUCAGUAUCGAAAGCUCCGGCAACAGCCUCGUGGCCAGUUCUUUCAUCGCCAAUUUACCGCAGCUCAUAUUAUCAUUCCUCUAUGUUGCCUAUAAUAGUCUUCUGACCUCAAUGUGUCUCGCGGCUGAAUGGAGUGCCUACGGAAUCACUCGCAAAGGACUGCGGGUUUCUCAUAGCCCCAAGGUAGCUCAGCGGAGUAACUACUUUCUUUCAAUCCCCUAUCGAUAUGCGGUACCUCUGAUCAGUACCUCUGCGAUCUUGCAUUGGCUUGCAUCAGAAAGCCUUUUCGUGAUCGCCGUUGAGGCCUACGAUACAAAGAUGCGAAAGGACCCUUCGCGGGAUGUAUUUACGUGUGGUUAUUCGCCGAUGGCAAUCAUUAGUGGAGUGUCAAUGUCAGUUGUCAUAUUUACUUACUUUAUUGUGCUCAGUCUUCGAAAGUUUGAGUCUGCGAUGCCCGUAGCCGCGAGUUGCAGUUUAGCCAUUGUGGCAGCAUGCCAUCCACAAUAUAAUCCUAACGAGGAGUCAGUGGAGGCGAAUGCUGCUGAUGCUGUAGCAGCGAUAGAUUCUGAACGCGAAGAAGAAGAGAUGGAAGUUUUGCUUGUGAAAUGGGGAGCUAUUUCUGUUUCUGGGCCUGUGGGGCAUUGCUCCUCUACCUCUGGUGAGGUUAAUCCACUUGAGGAAGGGGGGAAAUAUCAAUGA